AUGCGGGACGCGCGCGCGACGACGCCGCACGACGUCGAGCUCGGCCAUCGCGCCGAGGCGUCGACGAGCGACGCCGCGCGCGACGACGACGCGACGACGCGCGACGGCGACGACGACGCGCGCGACGCGACGACGCGCGACGACGACGACGACGCGCGCGACGCGGCGUCCCCGGGACGGGCGCCGAUCGGAGGGAUCAACGAGGACGGGUACUUCGGCGACGCCGACGGCGCGUGGCUGCCGAGCGAUCGCGUGCCGUUGGUGCUGCGCGCGCGAGAGGCGGCGAUGGCGGCGGGAGAGGAUUACGGACGGGACGUGCGAACGUUCCUCGGCGCCUUCGGAUGGCCGAUCGCGGCUUCGGCGUUUUGCGUGUUUCUGUUGAUUUUCGCGCUCGAGGAAUUCGGCGGCGCGAAGACGCGGCGACGCGGGCCGUGA